GGAAAUUUCUGUGUACAAUUUGUUGGUUGGAAUCUGUGUAUUAACUGAUGGAUGACCAGCAACCAGAUGGUAGUGUAUGUUAUGAAGUUCGUUAACUUUUUCUGCUCUUUUUCUCCUGCUGGAAAUGGAACUGUGAUGGCUGAAGCCUAAUGCGGAAGAUGCGGACGAGCUCUCCAGGGCCACGUCUGCAGAGCAGGCGGAGGUGGUCAACAAACACAACGAGCUGAGGAGAGGAGUGCGACCCACCGCCAGCAACAUGCUCAAGAUGAGGUGGAACUCAGAGGCUGGUGCCAAUGCUCAGAGGUGGGCCAAAACCUGCUCCAUGAAGCACAGCAGUCCCAGCCAGAGGAAGAUCAGCACCAGUGGUUGUGGUGAGAACUUGUACAUGUCCAGCUAUAAGAACUCCUGGAGCAACGCUAUCCAGUCCUGGUACGACGAGGUGAAGGACUUCAAGUACGGUGUCGGAUCCAUCAAUGGCCGCGUCGUGGGACAUUACACCCAGAUUGUGUGGAACAGGUCAGACCAGCUAGGCUGUGCCAUGGCUUACUGCCCAAACUCCAAGUACAAGUACUUCUACGUCUGCCAUUACUGCCCACCGGGGAACUAUCAGAUGACCCACCCAUACAAGUCUGGCCCUUCCUGUGGGGACUGUCCAAAUGACUGUGAGAACAAGCUGUGCACCAACCCCUGUCCCUAUGUGGACCAGUACAGCAACUGCCCAGAGCUGAAACAACAAUGGGGUUGUGGCAACAAAGAUGUGGCUUCCUGGUGCCCCGCCUCCUGCAAAUGCACCAAUCACAUUGUCUGAGCAUCCUUCCUUCCCCCGAUUGCCAGUCAACCUAAAAGCUGCAACAUGCUUGUCCAAUUAGCAAAGUAAUAAAGCUGAUCAC